AUGUUCCCGUCGAGCAACACUUUCCCCACGGCCUCCAUCGGUAGUGGACAGGAGCAACGCCCGCAGUUCCCGCAUUCGCACUCGCACCCGGUGCAGUACAAUGGAUCCGCUUUUGCGGUGGCUGGAAUGUCCAGUCUGAACCAGUCCGCCACGAGCCCCAGCGUCCGGAGUGGUCCGUUGGGUGUGAGCAUGGGCUCUUCGCUAGGCAUGGGUUCUCCCUUGAGUGAGGGUCUCUCUCAGUCGCGCAGUCACUACCAGCCCGGCUACCUAAUGUCGUCGCCUCCCGGAGGCCAGCGCGAAGAACCACCCAUGGUGCCCACUAAGGCGAAGCUCAACCAUACGUUCUCAGGAGGGGCUGUAACAGACUUUGGCAUGGACUCUAUGUUUGAAAGCUCGCGGCAAAGACCAAGACAAACCCUUGCAGAUGAAGACGCGCCACCGACGGCCUCGGUCAAUGAUAUUGUGAAUGAGACUCCCGAAUCCACUUCGCGUUUUCCGCAGCGAAACGCGUUUGAACCAUCGCAAAGCCGCCUUUCCUUGUUCCGUUCCUCACAUCCCACCACACCGAAACCUACAGCUUCCUCCCCCCAACAGAACACUCAGCCGUUAUAUGUCGUCGUGUUUGGCUAUCCUCCUGACAAGUACAGUGUGACUCUGGAGUACUUCCGGUCUCUCGGAGACACGACGGAAGCAGAGCAGAGCUCUGAGCUUCUCAAUUGCUUCAGGAUUGGCUAUCUGAACCCCGCGGAAGCCAUUCGCGCGAUCCGCAAGAACGGCGAUAUCAUCAAUGGCUCCUUUAUGGUUGGCGCCAAGUGGGCAGAUCCGGCUCAGGCUGAAGCCGUCUUGGGCCCAUCGCUCGCUCGGAGCACGACCCAGUCUCCUGAGUUCGUCGGCUCUGGCAUGGAUAUUGAUACGCCGUCGCAAUCACCGAACGUGUUCGGUCCUCCGUCCACGUCUCGUAUGAACGUCGAUGAGCUGGUCCCUCGCCAUGGCGCGUCUAGGACGGCAGAGCCAUCCACACCCACCGUCGGUACGCCCAUCAAGCUUGCCCCGUCGACGUCAGCGUUCCGCCGUCCUGGAGGAGGGGCUCCUGUGACCCCCAUGGCGGCCAUCCGACCCACUUCGUUGCUUCCAGCCUCUGGGACACCCCAGCAGUCUCCGUCUAAAGGCAUGCUUGGGCAAGUCUCUGACCUCAUUUUUGGCUGGUGA